AACUGGUCAUUAAUUCUCAGCGAGUCAAAUUCUCUUACCAAAUGGCUCUCAGACUAAUCAACAGCGCCGUGUUCCGUCAGCUGGUCAACCAGUUGCCACGCAAUGCCCAGGUCGGCAGCGUAGCCUCUGUCCACACUCUGGACAAGAUUGGCAAGCGCGAAAUUGUCGGCUACGGCUGGAAUGGUACUGCCUGCUAUGCUGAUCGUGUGGACUAUCCUCUGCCCGCCAUCCGUUUCCGUGAGGCUAACAACGAGAUCAAUGCUCUGCGCGCCAAGGAGCAGGGUGAUUGGAAAAAGUUGAGCCCUCAGGAGAUCAAAGCCCUGUACCGUGCCAGCUUCUGUCAGACCAUUGCCGAGGUUCAGGCCCCCACUGGUGAAUGGAAGAUGCACUUGGGUGUUGGUUUGAUCUUCACAGCUGCUGCCAUCUGGAUUGCCGUGUUGAUGAACUUGUUUGUUUACGACGAACUCCCCAUUACCUUCGAUGAGGAGCACCAGAAGGCUCAACUGAAGCGUAUUAUCGAUUUGGAAAUUAAUCCUGUGACUGGUUUGACCUCCAAAUGGGACUACGAGAACAACAAAUGGAAGAACUAAGGACCUGUAUCCAGUUAACAAUUCCAAAACAAUAAUAAUGCCCAUGUUGUGUGUGACAGUAAUUAAGCAGAAACCCGUGUGCAGAUGUCUAAGUUUAGUUCAAAUUAAAGUUAUGGCAUAUGCCUGACUAAACUAA